AUGGCCAAGGAAGAACUUGGGUUGAAGAUAGGCUUCUAUGCCUAUCCGUGCGCCCUAUUCGUCACGCUUCUGGGUGUCCAAUCCGCUCAGUUCUACCUCGCUCGUCAUGGCGAUCCGAAAACGCGUCAGAACGCGUUCGACAACGAUCUCAAGACAAAGAUUGAGAAACUCCAACGGUUCUACGCACGAUUAAUAUGGGGCUUUCAACUUAUUCUUUCAGGACUGAUUACUGCGAGUAUCGUUCUUGCUACAAAGGAGGUGUUUGCGGAUCAGAAAAAUAUUGAAGGGAAAAUACUGUUCUCAUUCAGCGCAUACUUGGCAUCAUUUGUUGGCGUUUUGCUUUAUUUCCUUGCCGGUCUCCUCCCCGAUCCCGAAGGUCCAUGGAAUCCGAAUAGCUCUCACCUUGCAGCAUGGUGUGUUGCUGCGCUUGCAGAAAUCGUCAUCGCAGCAGUCUUGUCUGUGGUUGAGCCCCAACUUCGUGUCUCGCCCGAUUUUGUCGACACCACCAACAUUCUCGGCUCGGCGAGAGUAUUUGUUCUUGCUCUCAUGAUCGGUUCAUUUACUUUGAGAGAGCACAAGAUGAAAGCCCUCGAACCAAAAUCUUUGCCCGAAGAACGCCAGGGUUUGUUGGAGAAUGGCAAUGGCAACGGUUAUGGAAGCGUUCCACCCUCCGCAGCUGAACCAAGACGCACACAAGUCUCUGGAACGGGCUGGCUGGAUUAUUUCGCUGGUUUCAAAGUUCUGUUUCCUUACCUCUGGCCCAAGGAUUCGCCUCUCUACCAAGCCAUCGUCCUUGUCUGCAUCGUCCUCCUAAUCGGCCAACGCACCGUCAACGUUCUCGGUCCGCUCCAACUCGGUGUACUUGUCGACAACCUUGGCGAAGGAAAACUGCCUUACAAGCAGAUUAUCCUUUACGUCGUCUACCGGGCCCUUCAAGGCAACCAAGGUGCUCUUGGCGCAGCGCGUUCCGUCCUCUGGAUCCCAGUAUCACAAUCUCUAUUCCGACGACUAUCUUCAGCUGCAUUUGAGCACGUUCUUGGUCUUUCUCUGGAAUUCCAUCUCAACAAGAAAGUUGGUGAGGUCACCAGUGCGCUAAGCAGAGGCGCCUCCAUAAACACCUUUCUCGAGAGUUUCUGUUUCCAGGUUUUCCCUAUGGUUUUCGACAUCUUUGUUGCCGGCGUGGUGUUCUUUUACAAGUAUGAUCCUUUUUAUCUCAUUAUAGUGUUCUUUAUCAUGUGGUCCUAUAUCUUCCUUACCAUCUACGUGGCCAAGUACCGUGGUAAGCAAAGGAGAGACAUGGCCGUCAAGACACGAGAGAUGGAGGCUGUCAAAACGGAUGCCAUUGUGGCGUAUGAGACGGUUCAGCACAACUGUGCUGUCGUUCGUGAGACUGGGAGGUUUAGAGAACAUGUCACUGUCUUCCAACGCGCUGAGCGACUUGUGCAGUGGUCUCUCGCGGCUCUGAACCUUACCCAGAGCUCCAUCUUUUCUCUUGGCACAGCCCUCCUCGUUGCUGUCUCAGCAUACAAGAUUUCUAUCGGAGAGCAGACUGUUGGAGAGUUCGUGAGUCUCAUCAACUACUUUGUUCAACUACAGGGACCUUUGAACUUCUUCGGUACAUACUACACUAUGCUACAGAACAAUCUUAUCGAAGCAGAGCGACUUCUCGACCUGUUCAAAGAAACUGCUGGCGUAGUCGAAAAGCCAGACGCCAUCGUUCUUCCUCCCAUCAGGGGCGAAGUUGCCUUCAACGACGUCAAAUUUGCUUACCAGACUAAAAAGGGCGGUCUUGUCCUCGACGGCAUCAACUUUACCGUUGCACCCGGCACAAAGACAGCCAUCGUCGGUGAAUCUGGCAGUGGAAAGUCGACCUCGCUCAAGCUUCUCUUCCGCUUCUACGACGUCACAGACGGCUCUGUUACUAUCGAUGGCCAUGACUUGAGAGAUGUUAAGCUUGACAGCGUGCGCAGAAACAUUGGUGUCGUGCCGCAGGAUACCGUGCUGUUCAACGCGACCAUCAUGUACAACCUGCUGUAUGCAAGACCCGAUGCGACAGAGGAGGAUGUGUUUGAGGCAUGCAAGGCAGCGAAUAUUCAUGAGAGGAUCUUGAACUUCCCUGAUGGAUACGAGACCAAGGUUGGAGAACGAGGUCUGAAGUUGUCGGGAGGUGAAAGACAGCGAAUUGCUAUCGCACGUGCUAUUCUCAAAGAUGCGCGAAUCCUUCUUCUUGAUGAAGCCACUGCUUCUCUAGACUCGCACACUGAGCGACAAAUUCAGGAUGCUCUUGAGCGCGUAACAGCUGGACGCACAACCAUCACCAUCGCGCAUCGAUUGUCUACAAUCACAACUUCGGACCAAAUCAUCGUUCUUCACAAGGGCGAAAUUGUAGAACGCGGCACACACAACGAGCUCUUGGCCUCUAAGGGAAGAUACCAUGCCAUGUGGGAGAAGCAGACGACGAUUGAGAAGAAGGAGAAGGAGAAGAAGGAACUUGAGGGGGAGGCAUCUGAAACUGCAUCUCAAGAAUAA